AUGUCGACCGAUCAGGACAAGGAAGACAAGGCCGCGCUCGAUGCGCUCGAGACGGAGGCGAAGGAAUGGGACAAGCUCCCUAUUUCGCCGUCUUUCCCCGAGCGCAGCCCCCCCACUGACCAUGGCCCUUGCAGGUACGCGAUCCUCGACCUUCAGCCCGGCGUCCCCGAAUCCGACAUCAAGAUCACGUACCGCAAAAAGUCGCUGAUGAUCCACCCCGACAAGUGCAAGAACCCACAGGCGCCCGAGGCGUUUGACCGGCUCAAGAAGGCGCAGGUGGAGCUCAUGGAUGAGAAGCACCGGGAGCGGCUCGACGAGGCCAUCGCCGACGCGCGCAUGCUGCUGCUGCGCGAGCGCAAGCUGACGGUGGACAGCGAGGAGCUCAAGACGGACGACUUUGCGCGGCGGUGGCGCGACAAGGCGACCGAGGUGCUCGUGGACAAUGAGCGCCGCCGCCAGCGCCAGCUGCGCGCGCAGAUGCAGGAGGAGGGCCGCGAGCAGCGCCGCCAGGACGACGAGGCCGAUGUGCGCAAGCGCAAGCGCCAGCACGAGCAGGACUGGGAGGCCACCCGCGAUGACCGCAUCACCAACUGGCGACAGUUUCACAAGGGGGGCAAGGCUGGCGGCAGCGGCGGAGCUGCUGCUGGUAGUGGUGGUGCCGAGCCGGACAAGAAGAAGAAGAAGAAAAAGAUGAAGCCCAUUGGCUAG